GGAAUAUAUGGCAACAUGCAUGGUCUGAUCUGUUAUUGUGUACGCGGCUCACUCACGGGCAGCUGCGGGCGGUAAUUAACACUAAACACCGGGAUCACAUCACCGCCGAGUCCGCGGGGAUCCCUGCUCCGGCAGCGGGAUCUUCGGUUCGUUAUUUCGCACAUUUGCUCGUGAAAUCGGUGCAUUUUGUGGCUAACAAACAUAAACCACGUGGUCCCGUGCACACCACGCCGCUACUCCGCUCUAGAGCGCAUACCCUCGAAAUAUUCAUCCAAAAACUAGCUCACACACAACUAAACGUGUUGCGAUUUGCGCACUGACAUAUAAUAUAGCUCUUUGUUGCGUGGUUUUGUUUUAAAUGAUGCGUGGUUGUCGUGAACGCUUGUGACUGUUGGCGAUUAGGCUCAAAGGAGCCGAAGUUAUUGUGGGUAGUGCGGCCAUGCUUGUGGCUUGUGCUUAAAAGUGAUGACGGCUCUGCUGUUCGUCUCGUUUUAUAGCGUCAUCUUAUCGCUCGGUACUUAAGCUCAAGUGAGCAGCUGUUGUCACGUUGACCCUCAGCUGGAGUUGUGGUAGUUACAAGAGUGUUUCUGUGUCUAAUUUGCGCUGCCGAGCCGCCUCCACUGCGUCUUUUCAUCCCGCACCUCAGCCAUGCUGCCUGCCUGCCGCAUUGUUGUAAUGGCGGAGAGCACGAAGUCGGCUCUGAGCACAGCGGACUGCUCGGGCUCAGCGGAGGGCUCGCCUGGGCGUGUGGAGAGACACGCUGCUUACUGCGGGUUCGGUACAUGAUUUUUUAGGUGUUCGCGGAGAGGCAGAAGAUCAAACGUGGUGUUUUUAUCAAGGGGGUGUGUGUGUGUGUGUCGCGGAAGGCCCGUCUAUGCUUUCCGCAGCAGCCCUGUUGGAAGGAUGGAGGGAGGCGGCGGAGGGAUCUACCAUCUGUUUCUGCUGGUGGCACCAGGGCAUCAUGGGAAAUAGAGUUUAAUUCACUUGGCCCCAAAUCUUCGGCUUCUGAGAUUUGGUUCAGAACUGCCUUUUUCCAGUAAUAACAUUUAUUCAACUCGAACGUAUUUUAAACACGUGUUACAAGAGUCAAAAUGCGAAAACUGACAGGGUAAAAACAAAAAGUAUCCCAAAAGUUUAAAUCUUUCAACGAUUAACCUUUUAAACGGGACCAUGCUGUAAUUAAUCAUGAUAUUUUCACCUUGUUUCCAUUCAAAGAAAUGUUUAAAUUAGGCUAUUUUGUCCUGACAGAUCAUGAUAUUAUUUUUUUUUUCAUAUUUAUUUCAAGCCCACCAAAAAGUUGGAUUCACUUUGAUAGCUUUUUUUUUUGUUGCCAUUUUUAGAAAAUAUUUAACUAUUUCAAUCCAAUAUAACAAAUUAUAGACCUUCAUUGUACAUUUUUGAAACUCUUAAGUUUUUACUGAAGUUGUGCUUUAGUUACGUUUGUGUACUUGUAUGAACAACAGGGGCCAGAGGUAGCUUACAGCAGCUGGUUAAUUACCUGCAUGAUGUUACCCAAUGGAUGGGGUCCAACUUCCUUUCUUUAAAUGAGGCAAAAACUGUAAUAAUAGUUUUUACUCUAAAUGACCGCCAGCCCCAUGGAUUGGACCUUUCAUCCUUUCUCCCCUACGAGAAGUCCGUCAUACCGGAUCUGGGUGUCAAGAUAGACUCUGGUCUACGAUUUGAUAGUCAGUCUGGCCAACAUUCCUCUGACCCCAGAAACCGCCCGGGACCAAGAGAGGCGCAUCCGUCGAGAGAUCGCCAACAGCAACGAGCGUCGGCGUAUGCAGAGCAUCAACGCCGGCUUCCAGUCGCUUAAAACGCUCAUCCCACACAGCGAUGGAGAAAAGCUCAGCAAGGCUGCCAUCCUGCAACAGACAACAGAGUACAUUUUCACUCUGGAGCAGGAGAAGACGCGACUAUUGCAGCAGAACAGUCAGCUCAAACGAAUCAUACAGGAGUUAAGUGGCUCUUCCCCGAAAAGGAGGCGAGCGGAGGAGAAAGAUGAGGGUAUUGGCUCACCAGACAUCCUGGAAGAGGAGAAGACGGAGGACUUAAGGAGGGAGAUGAUUGAGCUGAGGCAGCAGCUGGAAAAGGAGCGCUCAGUCAGAAUGAUGCUGGAAGAUCAGAUGCGUUCUCUGGACGCUCAGUUGUACCCGGAGAAGCUGAAAGUGAUCACUCAGCAGCUCCAGGAGCAGCAGGUCCAGGCACAGACUCUGAUUCGUUUGCAGCAGCAGCAGAAACAGCUGGAACAGGACAUUACUCCAGCGCACAGCCCUCAGGUGUUGGCUCCCGCUACUCCACCUGCACCCACACAUCACGCAACAGUCAUCGUUCCUGCGCCUGUUCAGACUCCCCAGCCCCAUCAUGUUACCGUGGUAACCAUGGGUCCAACAUCAGUUAUCAAUUCAGCAUCCACAUCUCGACAAAACCUGGACACCAUCGUUCAAGCGAUCCAGCACAUUGAGGGUACCCAAGGGAAGGGCUUUGAGGAAGAGCAGCGAAGGGCGGUUAUCGUCAGCUCGGGGCGCGUCCUCUCUGAUGCAGCGGGCUCUGAUACAGCCUCAAACAGCGACGGGCCUGAUGACUGUUCACUGCCUUGAGUUUGCCCCUGACAUCUCGUGGAUCGCACACCCGCAUACACUCGUAAACACAAAAGGCCUGAGAAGACCAACGCAAAGGGAGGCUGCCGAGUCGUUCUGUGGACGUUAACAGGACUGGUAGUCGGAUUGAAGCACUCGUUCUUAGUUUCUUUUAUACUUUUUUAUUUUUACUGUCUUCUGCCUUCCAGUACUCACCAGGCCUGCUGUGCUGGGCGGCCCGUAUAGGUAUACACUCAGAUGUGCUGUCUCGUCUGCAUAUUUCUCUGCUUAUCUCUAACUCCGGCUCACUAACCCACUCUCACAAUCUCAUUCUCUUCAUGAAUUUAUAUAAAGAAUAUUAGAGCUACUACAUUGGUGACCGAUUUUAGAAAUGUUCUGUCAAACUUCAACUAUUUGCUAAACAUCUUUAUUAGCUACCAGGACUGUUGUGUUGUUGGGGUCCUGAGGCCGGCCACGUGACUGAUCAAAAGAACAAAACCUCGGCGGCGUGCUGUCGGCGGAGACGCGUACUUCUGACGACAGGACGUUCUUGUUAGCCUGAGACCCAUCUGAGCUGUUGGAAAGACACUGAGUUCACGAGACUGAUCCUAACGUUCCAUCUUUCAAGCUUCAUGUUGAAAGAGAUGUGUUAUUUUACUGUCGAGUUGUAUUUUUCAUACUUUUAUUAGGCCCUGCCAGAAAGCUAAAAACAGAACCAGGAGGAAGUAAAAGCUGUUUCAUGACUCGCUGGUGCUCACGUGAAAUAAGCACUUACUGGUUCACAACUUUAUUUUCAGUUUGUUUGUUUCUGCUACUGCUGGGCUGGGUUCCCAGUUAUCCCAUUGGUGUAUUUGGCACGUUCUUCCUUAACUUGUUGCCUAACAAAAAAAAAACAAAACAUAACUUCAUAGAUGUUUCUGAAAAUCCUCCCCUUCUGUGUCCGAUAGCACCUGGCUGGUCAAUAAGCUAACCUGUGGGCCGUACAACAGGUGUGUGUGUGUGUGUGUGUGUCUUGGUGUUUUGAAGCUGCAGGCCUUAGUGGUGCCCCAGACUCUGGAAGUCUCCAACAGCACCACUUCUGCCUUGAAAUGUAAGACUUUCUCAUACAAAUACGAUAUACAAUCACUUGUUUGCUCGAUCAAUAGAGCUUGUUUUUGUUUACCCCCUCCCUCGGUGUAGUGCUUGGUCUCACCUUUGGGACAUCUAUCAAAGCAGAAUGUGCUGAAGAAUGAGGAAAUGUUUCCUGUGAGUAACUGGAUAGAUUACAGCCACUCUAUGCAUCUCCUGGCGUUGCUCGCGUCGCUUUGUCUGCUUCAUCGUGCUUUUUACAUGAUUUUGCUUGAGUUUUGCGCUUUGACCAGGAAGUCUGGAUGCAGCGGAGAGGGGCUGCAGCUCGUCUUAUUCACAGCCCCACAGCUGCAGGGAGACCAGCCUUAACAGCCCCGGGGAGUUAAGAGAAGUAAGACUUCAUCCAGGUCUUUAGGAGGCUGCUGGUUCUCUAGAAACAUCCAGGGGUGUUCCAAUAUUUACUGCUAGUUAUCAUACCCAAUUCUCUUACUUUAGUUCUAUUUUCACGCCUCAGACAUGAACGGUCUACAAACAAUACUAAAAGGAUCCUGAGAGCUGUUUGGCAGGAGUGUUAAAAUGCUGGUUGGGUUUACGUGUAGUUUUUAAACCGUUGGAGCUCUGCGGGGUGUGAGUCGUAAAGCCAGAGAUGUGGAGAUGUUUUCCAACUCGACAUUCCAUAAAUUUGUAUUCAGGUUUUCCAGUAAGGAGGCAAUAAAACGGGCCUCUUCAGUAACGGUUACACCCCUCCCACGUCGCCGCUGGAGAGACGGUGUGCUUAACUAACUGAUCACUCCUCAUCGUGACGUUUGUCGUGGAAUGACCCUUUAAAACCGUUGACGUCAGCUGCACCGAGACCAGCGUCUCCGUUAGAGUUUCCGCUUUUCGAAGAGCGUCUUCUCGUUCUGCAUCUGAAACUUUUAUGCUGAUUUCGAGAAUGGUUCGUUUCCAUUUGCUCCGUCUUGUUUUUACCUUUUUUUUUUUUUUGCAUCGCAGUUUGUUAUGAGGACAUAUCAGAAUAGCGGGGAGGGCCUAGAGGUGAAGGUUACGAAGCACUUACUGUAAUAUACUGAGUGGAGUUUGCUUCUUGUGUGUAAAGGAGCAUCUCCUCAGCUGAAGCUCUUGAGGUCAGAGGAGUAAAGCCCCAUCUCUUCUGUCAACCAUCAUAUCUUCUUUUGCAUAUUUUAUCCUAUCUUUAUGUGUCGUCUUUACAUUUUCCCAGACAUUUUGCAGUUAUGUUUCUUCUCUCCUGUAAAUUUUUCUCCUCCGUUCCUUGUUUUGUUAUUAGACCUGUCGGUGCAUACAGUCAUCAAGAAGCUAUUGUUUUGUUUUUCUAAAGAAAAGUUUUGGGGAUAAAGAGGCUUGUGCCUUUGUAAAGACAGAAUAAUAAAGUUUGUACUUUGUUUUUUA